AUGACGUCCCCGAUCACGACCGGCACCCCCGCCGGCGGCGCCUCCUCCGCCUCAAAAUCCACUCCGGCCAACACCGCUGUCUCAUCCAUCGACAACACAAGCUUGGACGCAGUCGUUGACGAUCUUCUCGACAGCCUCAGCAGCAAGUUUGCGAGCGUCAGCUCGGAGAUCUACGAGAAAAUCGAGGCGAUGUCGAAGAGGUUGGAUGCUAUGGAAAAUAGCUUGCAGCAACAGGCUGGAGGUAAAUAA